UCUGCGUGGAACUUGCAGGCAGGCUGUUUUGUUCCUAAAGCUUGUUCUGCGCGCCAAGUCUGCGCAGCUCUCGUUCAAGCUCGGUGCCUGCUUUCGUCUCGUCUGUCAUUCGUUGUCCAGACUUGCAGCAUGAAGUCAACUACUCCGACCCUUCUGCUUGGAGUAUAUACUGCAUUCUGCAUUCACAUCAGUGGUGCUAUCCCUACAGUCGAUGAGUCCUACCCCUAUACCGGACCUGCGGUCCCUAUAGGCGAUUGGAUUGAUCCUACCAUCAACGGCAAUGGGGAGGGGUUUCCUCGUCUAGUUGAACCCCCUGCAGUCGUUCCCUCAUCAAGCAAGCCCACCAACAACAUCAAUGUUAUCGCUUUAUCAUAUAUUCCGCAGGGUAUCAAUAUCCACUACCAAACUCCGUUCGGCUUGGGUAUAGCACCAUCGGUCAAAUGGGGUAUCAGUGCCACGGCCUUAGACUCCAAAGCCAUUGGUAGUUCUCACACCUAUGAUCGUACCCCGCCAUGUUCAGAAGUAUCGGUAACACAGUGCAGCCAGUUUUACCACGAGGUCCAGAUCUCCGGCCUGAAGUCAGAUGCAACUUAUUAUUACCAAAUUCCUGCAGCCAAUGGAACAACAGCUUCAGAUGUCCUCAGUUUCACAACUUCGCGUGCUGCUGGAGACCCGACAGGGUUCACUAUUGCUGUCUUGAAUGACAUGGGGUACACGAAUGCAGGCGGAACGUACCAGCAGCUACUCAAGGCCGUUGGAGAAGGAGUUGCUUUCGCCUGGCACGGAGGAGAUAUCAGCUACGCAGAUGAUUGGUAUUCCGGCAUUCUUCCCUGCGAAGAUGAUUGGCCUGUGUGCUACAACGGCACUUCUACUGAGAUCCCACCGCCCACGCCUUCAGAUUAUUUGACUCCACUACCAGCUGGAGAGAUUGCCAACCAAGGUGGCCCGUUAGGCGGGGACAUGAGUGUACUGUACGAGUCCAAUUGGGAUCUUUGGCAGCAGUGGAUGAACAACAUUACUGCCAAUAUUCCCUACAUGGUCCUUCCAGGUAACCAUGAAGCAACCUGCAGCGAAUUUGAUGGUCCUGGUAAUAUUCUGACUGCUUACCUGAACAACAAUGUCACCAAUGGAACGGCGGCCAAAUCGGCGCUCACAUACUUCAGCUGCCCGCCAUCCCAAAGGAACUUUACCGCCUACCAAAAUCGUUUCCGCAUGCCCGGCGCGGAGACCGGAGGAGUAGGCAACUUCUGGUACUCUUUCGACUACGGUCUUGCACAUUUUGUCUCUCUCGACGGGGAGACCGACUUCGCCAAUAGUCCCGAGUAUCCAUUCGCCGCCGACCUUACAGGGAACGAGACUUCGCCCAAGGCAAACGAGACUUAUGUCACUGACUCCGGGCCUUUUGGUACAAUCAACGGCAGCUACAAAAAUACCAAGGCUUAUGAACAGUAUCAGUGGCUGGCCAAGGAUCUGGCCAGCGUCGAUCGAACGAAGACUCCUUGGGUUAUUGCCAUGUCUCAUCGUCCUAUGUACAGCUCGAUGGUUUCGUCGUAUCAGAAGAAUUUGCGUGCUGCAUUUGAAGAGUUGUUGCUUGAAAAUGGUGUUGAUGCGUAUUUGUCUGGUCACAUCCACUGGUAUGAACGCCUGUUCCCACUGGGAGUCAAUUCUACGAUCGAUAAAGCCUCAAUUAUCAACAACAACACUUACUACACCAAUCCCGGCGUCUCGAUGACCCAUCUCAUCAACGGCAUGGCAGGUAACAUCGAAAGCCACAGCACACUUUCUGGAGGCAUCUUAAACAUUACCGCCGUCCUCGACCAAACACACUACGGCUUCAGCAAGCUCACCGUUCUCAACUCUACCGCUCUGAAGUGGUCAUUCGUGCGUGGUGAUGGUGGGAUUAUCGGGGACGAGCUCAUGCUGCUUAAGAAGCCAGGUAGCUCAGGAGGCGGAAACAGCACCAUCUCUUCUGUUGCUCCUUCAAGCACUACAUACGUGACAACGCAGACAGUCACGGCAUACACAACUUAUUGUCCCUCUGCCACGACUUUUACUCAAGGAAAUUCUACCUAUACUGUCACAGCUCCCACCACUCUCACAAUCACGAACUGCCCCUGCACACUAACUUACACAACAACAGGUUCUGUACCCACGUCUAAGCCCACUACUACACUAGGUUCUACAGAGCUCAGCACAGCAGCAGGUAGUACCGCAACAGGUAAAACCAUCAACCUCACGGGCAGUGUCCCAACUAUUGGAUAUACUUCUACCAGCUCGUCUACACCACCUGCUCAGGUCACGGGAGCAGCGGAUCGCGUACAAGCGGCUUCACUUGCUGGACUCGCGGGGAUGCUUGGGUUAGUUGCUGCUUUGUUUUGAGACUCGAUCUGAGAAUGAAUGGGCUGGAAAAAGGAUUACACAUACAUAAUUUUACCCUAAUAAAAAGGCAGAGAACACGAUUAUACAACAACAAAGUUCAGUUCUAACUAAAAAUGCCACUUUUGGCUCUCGAAUUUCUGUUCCCUACCUACAGUCGGACAUACUAAUGCGCCUUACAGUAGCCUCAAAACAAUAAUAAGCACGAGUCCACAGGCAGUCCCUUUCCUCCUCGUUUAGUGCUGUCCCAGGUUCCUGGGCACGCGGGUGUGUCUGAGACACCCUUCAAGCUGCAGGCUGUAAAAUGUAAUAUUUGCUAUCCAGGGGCAUUCCAAGGUCCCGCUAGAGGAGAAGAGAACACGGGUUUAGAUGUCUAACAAGUGAGGGUGCGGCCUUUAAAUCGCUCUACUAGCACAUCCUUGAAUUUUGGUCAGAAAAGGGGUAGUAAACAAUAAAGAGCAGCGGAGAUAGGGGCAAUUAAUUGAAGUCUCGCC